GUCAGCUUGGAGCCAAUCAUCGAUGCCAUCUCCGCGUGGCUUUCGUGUGUUUACUUCUCCUCGCCUUCUUUGCGCUCUUUCUUUGUUCUUCUGAAGUCUUCUCCCACCUCCGCCAGUUGACAUCAGCCGGUCGCAAUCGCGUUCUUUGUCCCCUCCGUGUUUCCGUUGUCGCGCAGAAGAACAUCGACUCCGCAAGACAUGGCAUCCUCUUCUUCCCCCAGAUCUUCAGGACUGUCCGAUAAGGAGAAUCGCCGAAGAUCAUCAGGUGUCGCCAAAAGAACCCAAACUCAAACAAUGGCCUCCCAGUCUAACAGGAAGCGACCACGACUGUCGGCUAGAGACUCAAAUGUCCAGGCCAGCUCAUCUCAAGCCCCGCCGCCGCCACGGGCGAGCCGUGACAACGAGUACUACGAUCCCGACCAGGAUGAGGUCGAACGGCGACGGAUUCGCAAGGGCCUGAGAGAUUUGACGCGGGAUUUGAAUGACUCCAGGACCGAAUUUCUACAGGCAGGCAAUCAUGGAAUCCGAGAUACGAUCCAGAAGGCGAACAAUCUAUUCGAAAAUGUCAAACAGACCUCCGAUGCAACCAUCGAUUCUCGAUUGCUUGUCACCGCGGCGGACAUGUCGUACAAGAAGACCGCACAGCUAGUCUUGGGAGAUGCUAGCGCCGGUGUAGAUGUCGAUGAGUUUGUCUCGAAGUGCAUCUCAUUCAUGCGGCGGGGUCCUCAGGACCCUCAAGCCUCGUUCCCUAGCAGCACCCAGCGCCGUCGCACGGGUCUCGCGAGGAGCCAACAGAACCCCAACGAUAGCGACGACGACGACCAGGGGGAUGCAAUGAAUUGGGACUGGCUCGGACGCGCGGCUUGUUUUUGUAACAACUCCCGCCCGCCGGUUCCCGGAUUCCUACUGGGACCACUGUCGGUACAGAAGCGCAUCCGGCAGCAGGCUGCACGGCGGACCAGGGAGCGAAUUGACCCGACAAAGGCCGUCGCACCGCAAGACCUCAAAGACGAUGAUCUGGAUAGGCAGGAAACUUCGAACCUUACCACCAUGUGUGCCAGCAUCAACAAACUGUUGGCCAAGACACAAAACCACGGCCAAGAUGUUGUGGAGAGGCAACUGUCGCAUCUACCGGAGGACCCUCCGGAAGAAAUGGUGCAGGAAGUCAUGGCCAAGCACAAUGUUGCUGACGACGGCGGUGUCCCCUUAUUCCAGUUCUGCAUCAACCCCACCUCAUUUGGACAGAGCGUGGAGAAUCUCUUCUAUGUGAGCUUCUUGGUGAGAGAUGGGAUGGUUGGCAUCUCGGUAGACAGUCGGGGUUUGCCUACUUUGCAUGCCGCGAAACCCCAUGCACCCAGCGAAGCCCAGAAGAAGGGCAUCCAGAAGCAUCAAGCCAUCUUCACCCUCGACUUCGAGACCUGGCGGGAUUUGACCAAAGUGUACGACAUUAAGGAAUCCAUCAUUCCCCACCGCGAGGAAGAUACCUUCAAAAUGGCGACCGGCUCUGUAGCCGUCUUCUCCCCCGUCAACCUCACCCCGGAAGUCCACGAAACGAUCGCCAGUCUCGGCGGCACGAUCAAAUACAUCGCGGCGCUGGACAUGGAACACCACCUGCACCUCAAAGCCUGGAAGGAAGCCUUCCCCGACGCGGCCAUCAUCGCCCCCGAAGGACUCUGGGAAAAGCGCCAAUCCAACCCCCAAACCAAAGACGCGAGCCCCUUCGAGCAUGUCUUCCGGAAAGACGACAAAGAUGCGACCACCACCCCCGCUAGCCGAUCGCAGAGCAUCUCGGAGGAAUUCGACGCGGAGUUCGAGACUGAAUACGUGCAUAGCCAUCCGUCGCGCGAGCUGGUGUUUUACCACCGACCGUCGCGCACGCUGAUCGAGGCGGAUCUGCUGUUUAACUUGCCCGCCCGCGAACAGUACUCCAAGACGAAGGAGAGCGCAACCUCGGGCAUCCUGACCAAGAUGGUGUCGCCGCUGUUGUCCACGGGGUCGUCGACGACGUGGCAGAAGAGGUUUGUCUGGUAUGUGCUGUCGAGUGGGGAUCGGGCGGCGUUUGCGGAGUCGGUGCGCAGGAUUGAUGGCUGGGAUUUUAAUCGGCUGAUUCCGUGCCAUGGGGAUGUGGUGGAGAGUGGUGCGAAGGGGGUGUAUCGGUCCGUCAUGGAGUGGCUUCUGGCGGAUCGGAAGCACGUGUGAUCUGUCUGGGAUGGUGGUGUUUUACUUUUCACUCACGCGCCUUGCCUUCUCUGUCCAAUCUCCCUUUCGCGUACCCAUCUUUCGUUUCUGCUUUCCGGCGGACAGUGUUGAGCCAUCCGGGAUGAUGGGCCUGUCGCAUAUUUCCUUGAACACAUGUACCAAUAGUCUGAUGAUCUGUUAAUACGAACCAGCUGGCCGGUUUAUCGGAGUUCUAGAUAGUAAG